AUGGCCUACGGUAUGCUGGUCGCCGGGCUCUUGAGCCUGGCUGUGGCUGCUUCGUCGCAGAAUGUCGCGCAGCGCGUCUCUUCCAAUUCUGUUUCAGGCAUGCCUCUGUUCCCAAGCGAGACUCUGCAGUUGACCGAUGAGGCUUUGUCGAGGCUCGCCAAGGACCAGCGCGCGUGGUUCGAGUUUGGCAGCAAUGGCUCUGUCUCGGCUGCUCGCUCACUGUGGCCUUCAGAGAACAUCUGGGAGCUUUUCGACUGGGUCCUCGGCACUGGCUCUCUCAUUAAGACCGUGCCUCUUGCGACGGUCUGUUAUCCCUCCGAACCGGACUACGACAGUGCCAAGUGUGAAGAGAUCACCGACAACUGGACAAACUCCUACUUGCAUGCUGCGGAUCCCGCAUCCAUAAUGUGGCCUUUGUUUGAAGGUCGUACAUGCUUACCCACGAACCAGAAUGUCACGGCGGACUGUACACUGGGUGGAUACAGUAGUUACGCUGUCAACGUGAGCCAUGUGGCGCAGAUUCAACUUGCUGUCAACUUUGCUCGUCUGGCCAACCUGCGCCUGGUGGUGAAGAACACCGGUCAUGACUUCUCUGGCAAAUCCACUGGAGCCGGUGCGCUUGGUAUCUGGACCCAUAACUUGAAGGAGAUGGAGUACUAUGAGAACUACCGCGGUUCGGGCUACCAAGGACCUGCUCUGAAGAUGGGUGCCGGUGUCCAGGCCUUCGAUGUCUAUGCGAAGGCCAGGGAGCUCGGGUUGACGGCCAUCGGGGGAGAAGGAAAGACCGUCGGUGUUGCUGGUGGCUACGUGCUCGGAGGGGGUCACUCCCCCAUGUCCAGCAUAUACGGUCUAGCGGCUGACCAGGUUCUGGCGCUCGAGGUCGUGUUAGCCAACGGUCGCUUCGUCACUGUCACGGAGGAGACCGACCCAGAUCUCUUCUGGGCUCUUUGUGGUGGAGGCGGCGGCACUUACGGCGUUGUCACCUCGGUCAUCUCUCGCCUCCGCCCCAAGGUUGGCGUGACCCUGUCCAAGUUCUCCUUUGCUACGAGCCCCAAUGUAUCCGCAGAUACCUUCUGGGCCGGGAUCCGCUCAUAUAUGCAACGGUUCCCUACCUACGCGGAUGCCGGCACCUACGCCUAUUUCUGGGUCCUGCCCACCGGCCCGGGUGCCUUCGAAUUCUUGAUGAACCCAUUCUUCGGUGUGAACCACACCCUGGAUGAAUUCAAUGCCUUGGUCAAACCGUGGUUCGACGACCUGAAGGCUCUCGGGAUUCCGUUCACGCCUAACAGCACCUACUUCCCCGACUUCUACGACGCCUGGGCCGCUGGCUUCCCCCUGGAGACAGUCGCAUCCAGCACCAUGCUGACUGGAUCCCGUUUGUUCCCUCGGGCGAACUGGGAAGACGAGUCGAAGUUCAAUGCUACCUUCGCUGCGCUGCGAUCUACCAUCACCGCCGGUCACCCCUUACUGGCAUUCAAUAUGAAGGUCGACCUGCCCGAGGGUUCCCCCGAGAACUCGGCCAACCCUGCCUGGCGCAAGACCCUCAUGCACGCGAUUACUUCGACCACCUGGAAUACCACCACGCCCAACGCCGAGAUCAAGCAGAUCAUGGAUACAUUCACCUAUGAUACCCUUGGUCAGUGGCGUGCUACUUGCCCUGACGCUGGUGCUUAUAUGUCCGAAUCGGACGUUCUGGAGCCCAACUUCGAGCAAGCUUUCUACGGAAGUAACUACGACCGUCUUUACAAGCUAAAGCAGCGCUAUGACCCCACGGGUCUAUUCUAUGCUGUUACCGCUGUUGGCAGUGAGAACUGGCAGGUCAAGAGCCUGGAUGGCCUCCCUGACCAGAAUGGCCGUCUGUGCCGCAUUUAA